GCAACAGGAGGGGAAGGGAAAAGGGAGGGGGGAGACAAAGAGGGAGGGAGUCGAAAGGCCCCAAACUGGAUCUUUAUGGAACAUUUUUCGCGAAGAUCAAGGAAAAGUGAAUCCGCGCAGUGGGGGAUGCCCCGCACGCCGCUGCCAUCGGGGGCCGCCGAGCCGCGCCCGGCCUGAGCGCCCCGCGGCUGCCCUUCAUGCCGCAGCCGCCCCGAGGCGACGCCAGGAGCCCCCAGCUGCGCCUCCUGCCCCCCGGCCGGCCGUGAAAUGCUCCAGGAGAAAAGCCUGUCUGAAACCGAGGAAGGGUUUCCAACAGCCCCCGCGCCCGGCCAUGCGGACUCCUCCGCGGGCUCCCCCGUCCUCGGCGUAGCCGGGGGGAGCAGCACGCCGCUCAGCAGCCCGCAGGUCCCCGACCCCGAGCAGACAAUAGAAAAUAUCAAAGUCUAUCUCCAUGAGAAGGAGCUAUGGAAGAAAUUUCAUGAAGCCGGCACCGAAAUGAUCAUAACCAAGGCAGGCAGGAGGAUGUUUCCUAGUUACAAGGUCAAAGUGACUGGAAUGAACCCCAAGACCAAGUACAUCCUGUUGAUCGACAUCGUCCCAGCCGAUGACCACCGGUAUAAAUUCUGCGACAAUAAAUGGAUGGUGGCCGGCAAGGCAGAGCCGGCCAUGCCGGGGCGGCUCUAUGUCCACCCCGACUCGCCUGCCACGGGCGCGCACUGGAUGCGGCAGCUGGUGUCCUUCCAGAAGCUGAAGCUCACCAACAACCACCUGGAUCCCUUCGGGCAUAUCAUUCUUAAUUCAAUGCAUAAAUACCAACCGCGGCUGCACAUUGUGAAGGCAGAUGAGAACAACGCUUUCGGUUCGAAGAACACGGCCUUCUGCACCCAUGUGUUCCCGGAGACCUCCUUUAUCUCGGUGACCUCCUACCAGAAUCACAAGAUAACGCAGCUGAAAAUUGAGAACAACCCCUUUGCUAAGGGAUUCAGGGGAAGUGACGACAGUGACCUGCGCGUGGCACGACUGCAAAGCAAAGAAUAUCCAGUAAUUUCCAAAAGCAUCAUGAGGCAGAGGUUGGUGUCCAGUCACGGCCAGCUUUCAACAAAGCCAGAUGUUAACCCACUUCACGGGAGUCACCAGACCCUUCAGCAUUAUCAGUAUGAGAAUGGUGCUCACAUGCAGUUUGCAGCCUCAGAUACUCAAGAUCUGCCACUCAACACCUUCACAGCACAGAGAGAUUCAGGGCUCUUCUAUCAUUGCCUAAAAAGAAGAGAAAGCGCUCGGCACCUGGACCUGCCCUGCAAGCGCUCCUACCUGGAGGCCUCCUCGUCCGUGGGAGACGAUCACUACUUUCGUUCCCCGCCGCCGUACGACCAGCAGAUGCUGAGCCCUUCCUACUGCAGCGAGGUGACUCCGCGGGAAGCGUGUAUGUACUCUGGGUCUGGGGCCGAGAUCGCCGGUGUGCCGGCAGUGGACGACUUGCCGCCUCCGCCUCCCCCCUUGAGCUGCAAUAUGUGGACUUCUGUCGCACCUUACACCAGCUACAGUGUUCAGACAAUGGAAACUGUGCCUUACCAGCCCUUCCCCGCCCACUUCACUGCCACCACCAUGAUGCCGCGGCUCCCAUCCAUCGCGGGGCAGGGCUCGCAGCCCCCAGGGAACAGCCACUUCAGCGUCUACAACCAGCUGUCCCAGUCUCAGGUCCGGGAGCGUGUCCCUCCUUCCUCCUUCCCGCGGGAAAGGGUGCACCCAUCUGUGUGCGAGAGAAAGCCCCCCUCUCCGCACCUAAACGCGGCCAACGAAUUCCUCUACUCCCAAAGCUUCUCCUUGUCGAGGGAGUCGUCGCUGCAGUACCAUUCAGGAAUGGGGACUGUGGAGAACUGGACUGACGGAUGACUCCGCGGGCCCAGGGGUGCCACAGUUCGUGUUACUGCUCCCGGACGGUGUUAAGCCAGCGUUGAUACCUGUGGGUAACUUGCACUUCGGUGAGACGAGUGUGCCUUUCCAGAGGGGUUUGUGUGCGUGCAGAGCUCGUAUCUCCAGGCACACGGAGCAUUCCGACUCCUGUCUCGGAGGGCUGGAUUCAUCAGCCUCUCACUGACUUCCGAAUAAAUUAAUUCUCGCGUCUUCGUUACUGAUCCAGUAGAAACCAUCUUCAUGACUAACAAGUGAAGUAGCUAGUCAUUUGCUUUCGCCUAUAACAUUAAACAUCCGUAAGCAAAUUUUGGCUACUGUGGAAAAAUACGAGCUUCACUUUUACGGUACUUGGUUCGCGAAGUCACAGAAUCCCCUAAAUCAAAGGAAAACGCCAUCUGUUCUGCCGCGUAGCUCCAGGACUGCCGUAGCAGCACUUACUGGGCUCUUUCCAUCUGCAGAAAUUCCCUUUCUCCUGAAGUGGUGGAGCCUGUGCGGGUGCUGGGCGUGGGGCAGCGGGCUCAGGGAGCUGCGGUGCUGCUCCGGUGGCUUCCCGGCGCAGCUGGAGCAUGGCGUGGAGAAGAGCAGGCCCCGAUGCACAAGCGUCUCCUCUUCCCCCCACAGCACCAUCUUUCGUGGCUGUGGGAGCCCGAGAAGCAAAACGCUAUGCCCCAGGCCAAACGGCAAAUUAAUUGCAGCAUUAGGAACAGACCCAGUGUCUUCAGACUCUCAUCCAUUGAUUGAAUCACACUUGCUUAUUGCAAUAUAUUUAUGAAGUUUAAGCUUAAAAGUCGCUAAUACUUUCCAGAAACGAUUUCUGUAUUUGCUGGUCCUUGAUUUCUUUCGUAUUCAGCUGAAAUGCGCCUUUUGUGCUAUGUUUUUUUUCUUCUGCAGCUAACUCAGAAAGAAUUGUUUUCAGCAUAAAGGAGGCAUAGAGAAGUGGUUUUUAAUUGGGGGGUGGGAGUGGGAAGAGUUCCCAUUACCUGUCAGGCUUUACAGUGUACAAAUAUUUGUAGAACAGGUAAAAAAAAUCUGUAACCAGUGUAUACAUUGCUACUAUUGUUUACCGUGGAAGUAUCUUGAACUGACUCCAGUGCUGGCUUUGCCUACAGAGUGCCGAGAGAAUCGCUGAGCCGACACACGUGGCAGAGAAAGCUGCGCUCCUUAUGGACCCAAACUCCCAUCGACUUCACCCAAAAAGCUCUGGAGCAGGGGCUGCCUCCUGCUCCAGCCUGUAGUGUACAGCAUCCGUCUCGCCAAGUGUCCUGGCGCUGCCGUGGCUUACCUGGAGGUGACAGCACAGAAAUGGUGCUGGGAGUCUGGUUCCACUAAAGAGCGCAGUAUUUGAGCCUUAGUCGUGAACAGCGGGCUGGUGGUAGCUUUUUGCCCCUGC